CAGCAGAAAGAAGCAGUUCAACAUACUAAAGUUCCUCAGCCCGAGAAAAAAGAUAAAACAAACGAUAAUAAUAACAACGUUGUUAACAAUGAUGAUAAACAGGCCGCGGUAAGAUAAAAAUUUAAAUAUAAAAUCUUAAUUUAAAAUGUUAAUUUUAGUGAACUAACUUCAUUCUGUGUAUUUUACACAGUUAGCAACCGUUUUAAAUGUAUCUGACGGUUAAGAAACAUAAAAUAAUAAAAAUUACCAAUUAAAAUACAAUUAUCAAUAAUGCUUAAAAAUGACGCCAUAUUUACACAGCAAUAUAAUAUACUGAACUUUAGACAUCAUUUUCUCUUUGGCCUACCAUCUAAAAUCUCUUUAUUUUAGCAAUAUUUUACAGAUAAAGCACUAAACAUACUUUUAAAGUUUGUUUCCCGCUUGAGAAACGUACGAAAAAUUUUAAAUUUGAAUAUAGUCAUGCAUUUUGUAUUUAUUCCCUCCUCAGAUUCCUGGUAUGUCGGCCGCGGUUUUAGACGACGAGAACCUGGGAACGACUCGCGCGCCAACCUCGUCACCGGUCCUAAACGAUUCCACGGCUGCCAACUCGACAAUAAGCGCUGAACAGAUGCAACAGGAGGCGCUCGUGCGCUUACAGAAUCUUCAACAGCAGAUUGUGGGGGGCGAACGAAAAGACGACAGCCAACUGAAGGAGAAACAUGAAAAACGCAAAGACCAUGUGUUCUCACGAAAGGAAAAACUCGUGAACGCGUUAAAAACGCUAGACAAUAGUGACCAAAUGGUUAUAAAGGUAAUCUUGCAGUUUUUAAAGUGAGACUAACCCCAAAUAUACAGCGUGUGUAAAAAAGAGGUAGUCCAACUUUGAGAUGUUAUCGAACGUUAAUUAAUACGUUUCGAAAGUCAGAACUUACUCCCUUUUCAAAUGCCAGAACUGUCCUUUUCAAAUGCCAGAAUUCCGUUUUCAAAUGCAAAAAGUCCGUUUUCAAAUACCAGAACUUCCUUUUUAAAUGCCAGAACUCCCUUUUCAAAUGCCAGAACUCCCUUUUCAAAAGCCAGAACUCCGUUUUCAAAUGGCAUAACUCAGUUUUCAAAUGCCAGAACUCCCUUUUCAAAUGCCAAAUCUCUGUUUUCAAAUGCCAGAACUUUGUUUUCAAAUGCCAAAUCUCUGUUUUCAAAUGCCAGACCUCUGUUUUGAAAUGCUGGAACUCCUUUUUUAAAUGCCAGAACUCCCUUUUCAAAUGCCAGAACUCCUUUUCAAAUGCCAGAACUCCCUUUUCAAAUGCCAGAACUCCCUAUUCAAAUGCCAGAACUACCUUUUCAAAAGCCAGAACUCUAUUUUCAAAUGCCAGAACUCCCUUUUCAAAUGCCAGAACUCCCUUUUCAAAUGCCAGAAGUCCCUUUUCAAAUGCCAGAACCCCGUUUUCAAAUGCCAGAUAAGUCCUUUUUCAAAAGCCAGAACUCCGUUUUCAAAUGCUAAAACUCUGUUUUCAAAUGCCAGAACUCCCUUUACAAAUGGCAGAACUCCCUUUUCAAAUGCCAGAACUCCUUUUUCAAACGCCAGAACUCCGUUGCCAAAUGCCAGAACUCCCCUUUCAAAUGCCAAAACUCCGUUUUCAAAUACCAGAACUCCCUUUUCAAAUGCCAGAACUCUGUUUUCAAAUGCCAGAAUUACCUUUUUUUGAGCCAGAACUCGGUUUUCAAAUGCUAAAACUCUGUUUUCAAAUGCCAGAACUCCGUUUUUAAAUGCCAGAACCCCUUUUUCAAAAGCCAGAACUCCUUUUUCAAAUAUACUGAGAUAUAUUCCUAAAGGUAUUUUAAGAUUCUCAGAGAAUAAUAUCCAUUUUGACAUGAUAUCCAUUUUGACAACUUGUUGGUGUCACACAAUUGCAGUGUCCGAGUGUCAAUUUACUUGCAUGAUUAUUUGCCAAAAAAAUUUCAAUGCUCUCUUGCGGUCCGAGAAAGUAAAAUAUUUGUUCCAUCCCUGAAUAAUAGUAAAAGUAAAUCAUAAUGUACUAAAUACAUUUCCAUUCCCAAGGUAUACGACUCGUUGCAAGACGAAAUCAAAGCCAAGAACAAAAAAAUGAAAAACCUACAAGACGAUUUAACGCAAGCGAAAGGCGAAGUCGACGACCUACAAAUCGAAUUCGAACGCGAGCGAGAGGAUUACUUGGAGACGAUACGAAAACAAGAACGCCAAAUGGAGCUGCAGAAACUAUUGCUCGAAAAAGUACAGCCGUUAUUGCGAAGGGAUUGUAAUUAUUCGAAUUUGGAUCGCAUUAUGAGCGAAAGCAAAUGGGACGAUGAUGGGAAGGUUUGGGUGCUCCCCGAGGUAGCGGUAGAACGAACCACGUUACCAAUGCCCGGGGGUAUCGCGCCUUCCCCCCGCAAAUCUAAGACAGGGGCCUCCCCUCCUAAUGGUUACUAUCAUGAUAGCAACGAAGAGGACAAAUUUUUACAGCUUCUCAAUCGUAAAGAUAGCAGUAUAAACGCGGCGUCAUAUUUUGCUCCGAAGCGCGCGAAUCGUCUUCUAGAGUCGCAGAGUCUACGACGCCAAGAUAACAACGAGACGACGCACCAUCGGCGGUCCAGCAGCCCGUUCCAUGAAAGGGUUAGCCCGACGGAAGCCUACCCAGCUUCUACUAUGAGACCGGUCAGAUUGGAGUCCUUAAAUCCAUCUUUGGUUGGCGGUGGGAAGAAAAGUAAAAAGAAAAAGCAAUUGGAUAGCUUAUGAUUAAUAUUUGAGACGAGUAGAAUUAAAUUAUUAGUACGAUACAUGUUUGAGUUAGUAGCGUUGGAUUAUCAUCUAUCCGGAACCCCAAAUAUUAUAUCCACUGUCUCGGAAACAUGCCUCGAGGAUUUAACCAAGACAGCGGCAGCCACUUUUAAAAUAAUUUAAUUAUUAUUGACUUGUCGCUUUGACGCAGGGCAUUGGAGUUCUCGUGUAAUAAAUGAAUUGUGGUUCUAGAAUAGAAAAAAAAACACCAUCAGCAAAUGCUGCUCAACAUAUAAGUUAUGCGGACAAUUAUAGUGCAGUUUGCAUUGCCUUUAUUAAGAUGUAAAUAUACUAUAAACUUUUUGCACGUGUAAAAAUAUAUAUGCAGACGACCAUCUAACGUAGUAUAAAAAAUAACUUUUGGCACUGUCUGACAAUUGUAAAUAAAGAACACUGUUCAC